AUGUAGGUGUUUAUCUACGAAAUCAUUGGCACUGCUUUUCUUUUCAUUGGAAUUAAUUUUGGAAGAGGAAACCCAGCAGUGUCAUUAGGGGCAAUCUACAUGGCGCUGAUGGUGACUGCGAAUGCGACUGGCGGCAACUUCAACCUGGGACUGACAUCCGCCGUUUUCUUGGUGGAAGGCAAAUAUCGAUAUUAAUGGAAAGCUCUCAUUCUCUACACUGUCGCAGAGAUGAUUGGAGGAUAUUUAGGAAUGUCAGUUUCAUAUUUAAUUUUGGGAACCGAUAUUGCUGUGAUAAAACCAAGCGAUAUGAGUAUCUCAAUAACUUCAGUUUUUUUCUUAGAAGUAUUUUUCUCCAUGACUAUGAUGCUAACAAUUCUUCAUUGCAAGAACUCAAAAUUAAGUCUCUUCAAAGACAAUGUACCUGGCUUUCUUGCAGGCUAAAUUGGAAUAUACUUCGGAGUCUCUUGCAUAGGCAAGAGAACUGGAGCAGUCAUGAGUCCAAACAUAGGCUUUUGUAAUGUGACAUUUGUUGCUAUGGUUUAGCAUAGAUCAGAUGUUUUGCCUUAUUUAUGUGCAUACUUCUUCGGGCCUUAUUGUGGUUCUUUAAUCGCUGGAAUAUUUGUCAAAUAUGUAGCAGUUCCAACAAUCAAGAUGAUUGAAGCAGAUAAAGAAAAGAGAAACUACUAAUAGAUAAAUAAGACAGUUGAUUCAUCUUUUGAAAACCAAAUUAGUAGAAUUCAUCCAAUGAAUAAUGACAAAAUAAAGUAAUGA